AUGCCCCCUGUGUGCGGCUGGCAGGUCUUGGUUGGGCCUCCCUGGGGCUGCCCGUGGUCAGUGGCUGCAGCUCCUGCAGUGCGAGGGUCCCCGGGCGCAGAGCAAGACGCUGCGCUGCAUGCUGCAGAACGCUCCGCUAGUCACAGUCUGUGUCAGCCUCAGCUCCUGCUUCUGUUCCCAGAGCCCCCUCCUUCUGCCUCUCCUCCUCCUCCACCAAUCUCCCUCCCUCCCAAACCCAAACCCUGCAUCCUGCACAGAACUCAAACCCUGCAACCCGCACAGAACCCAAACCCUGCAUCCAGCACAGAACCCAAACCCUGCAACCCGCACAGAACCCAAACCCUGCAACCCGUACAGAACCCAAACCCUGCAUCCUGCACAGAACCCAAACCCUGCAUCCUGCACAGAACUCAAACCCUGCAACCCGCACAGAACCCAAACCCUGCAUCCAGCACAGAACCCAAACCCUGCAACCCGUACAGAACCCAAACCCUGCAUCCAGCACAGAACCCAAACCCUGCAACCCGCACAGAACCCAAAGCCUGCAUCCAGCACAGAACCCAAACCCUGCAACCCGUACAGAACCCAAACCCUGCAUCCGGCACAGAACCCAAACCCUGCAUCCUGCACAGAACCCAAACCCUGCAUCCUGCACAGAACCCAAACCCUGCAUCCUGCACAGAACCCAAACCCUGCAUCCUGCACAGAACCCAAACCCUGCAACCCGCACAGAACCCAAACCCUGCAUCCGGCACAGAACCCAAACCCUGCAACCCGCACAGAACCCCAAACCCUGCAUCCUGCACAGAACCCAAACCCUGCAUCCUGCACAGAACCCAAACCCUGCAACCCGCACAGAACCCAAACCCUGCAUCCGGCACAGAACCCAAACCCUGCAACCCGCACAGAACCCAAACCCUGCAACCCGUACAGAACCCAAACCCUGCAACCCGCACAGAACCCAAACCCUGCAACCCGCACAGAACCCAAACCCUGCAUCCGGCACAGAACCCAAACCCUGCAACCCGUACAGAACCCAAACCCUGCAUUCGGCACAGAACCCAAACCCUGCAUCCUGCACAGAACCCAAACCCUGCAUCCGGCACAGAACCCAAACCCAGCAUCCUGCACAGAACCCAAACCCUGCAUCCGGCACAGAACCCAAACCCUGCAACCCGCACAGAACCCAAACCCUGCAACCCGCACAGAACCCAAACCCUGCAUCCGGCACAGAACCCAAACCCUGCAACCCGUACAGAACCCAAACCCUGCAUUCGGCACAGAACCCAAACCCUGCAUCCUGCACAGAACCCAAACCCUGCAUCCGGCACAGAACCCAAACCCAGCAUCCUGCACAGAACCCAAACCCUGCAUCCGGCACAGAACCCAAACCCUGCAACCCGCACAGAACCCAAACCCUGCAUCCGGCACAGAACCCAAACCCUGCAACCCGUACAGAACCCAAACCCUGCAUUCGGCACAGAACCCAAACCCUGCAUCCUGCACAGAACCCAAACCCUGCAUCCGGCACAGAACCCAAACCCAGCAUCCUGCACAGAACCCAAACCCUGCAUCCGGCACAGAACCCAAACCCUGCAACCUGCACAGAACCCCAAACCCUGCAUCCAGCACAGAACCCAAACCCUGCAACCCGCACAGAACCCAAACCCUGCAUCCGGCACAGAACCCAAACCUGCAUAG